GCCUGGAACCUGCCAUCCUCGGAGCUCGGGGAAUCCCAUGUUUGUGCAGUGGGCCCCAAGAUUCUGAGCCAGCUCGAUGGUAUCCUGGACGACGGGCGGAUUUGGUGAAGCUGGUUGGUCGGUCAUAGUUGUGUAAGGCCAUCGUCUGAACAAAAGAAUUGUAAAUCACAGAUGAAAAAUUUCAAGCCUGCUGGCGGUUAGAAUUGGGAAUGAAAUUGGCAGCCGGAUCGGAUCGCCUGCUGCGUGCUGCCAAUCUCCCUUUUCCCCUUUUGAGACACACGACACCAUUCCGGGUACGACAGCGAGCUGAGAGCUGAGAGUUGAGCAGUGCAGUGACCAGGCAGGCAGGCAGGCAGGCAGGGCAGCCGACCCUAUUCAUUCCUCCCUCCCUCUCUCUCUCUUCUCUGAUUGAAAAGUGAGCCAGUGAAGUGAAGAAGCUUCCUUUCUUCCUCGCUCUAUCCCUGCUCUCCUCUCCAAUGCUCCGGUCCACUCCAUUCCAUAGUUAGUCUAGUCCAGCUAGCGUCUGAAAGAAACAAAGAUCAAGCAGCAGCGCAGCUAGCAAGCAUGAACAAGCCGCCGGCGUACGGCCAUGGCCAGGGCGACAGCCCCUACUGCUGCUUCCACCCCAGGGAGCUCGUCGUCGGCGUCUGCGCCCACUGCCUCAAGGAUCGCCUCCUCCUCCUCCUCGCCGCCACCACCAACAACGCCGCCGCCGACGCCACCCUCCGCCGCCGCAGGACGACCACCACCAGCAGCAGCAGCAGCAGCAUCUCCCUCCCCAAGGUCUUCGCGCUCGGCUCCUCCUUCCUCCAGCGCCUCGACUCCCGACACCGCCGCCCCGACGCUGCAGCCGACGACUCCGACGGCACCACCUCCGCCGCCGCAAGCCCCGAUGAUUCUUUCAUCUCCAUCAAGUUCGAGGACAACGGCAAGGCGACGUGGGACAGCCACAAGGCCGCCGCCAUCAGUCCCGGCCCGGCGCCGGUGAGGUCGUCGUCGUCGUCGACCGCGGUGGUGGUGGAGCACGUCAAGCGGGGCGGCAUCACCAGGUGGCGGAAGCAGGUGGUGGGGCGGCUGCUGCAGCUGGCGCGGUGGAAGAGGUCGGCGGUCGGGCUGGACGGCAAGAAGGCAGCGGGGGAGCGGUCCAAGGCCAGGGGCAGAGGCUGGAUCCGGAGCCUCACACGGAGGCGAGCCGCCGGCGACCGGGCGUGGUCGUGAUCGCUCGCUCUAUCUCAUGGCUGAUCUGCAACUGCAAGCAAGCUCUGACGUGCAAGUGAGUGCUUUCUUGGAAUUCGUCUGCCUGUGCUGUGCAUAUACAUUUAUAUAGAAGCGGUGACGAUACAGUGAAAAUAGAGGAGAAAAGGGGAAAAAGAAGAACUAAUUAGCUCUCGAGGACUUUGCUUGUUCAUGCGGGUGCCUGAUCCAUAUUAUAUUAUGUAGUGUGUUUUACUCUGAAUCUCUCUUUCUCUAUCUAUGUAUCUCCGCACC